AAGCUCGAGACCUGUUAGAUUACUCAAGAACUACUUAGAUAUUCGACGAUCACAAAGCGUUAGCAGACGACAUACUGCGUUUCCUGAAUAUUUGCUACUGAUAUUAAGAUGCCUGAAAUAGAGAGCCAGCAAAUUGAGGAAGGGGAGGCUGAAACCUUCGCCUUCCAGGCCGAAAUUGCGCAGUUGAUGAGCUUAAUCAUCAACACCUUCUACUCCAACAAAGAAAUCUUCCUCAGAGAACUUAUCUCAAACUCCUCGGAUGCUUUGGAUAAAAUUCGAUACGAGAGUUUGACAGACCCGUCUAAGUUGGACAGCGGGAAAGACCUAUACAUACAGAUCAUCCCUAACAAAGAGCAGAACACCCUGACCAUAGUGGACACAGGCGUGGGCAUGACAAAGGCAGACCUGGUCAACAACUUAGGUACCAUUGCCAAGUCCGGAACCAAGGCAUUUAUGGAGGCCUUGCAAGCCGGUGCCGAUAUCUCUAUGAUUGGACAGUUUGGUGUGGGGUUCUACUCGGCUUACUUGGUAGCAGACAAAGUGACAGUUAUGUCCAAACACAACGAUGAUGAGGCAUACAUAUGGGAGUCUUCUGCCGGUGGGUCGUUCACCAUUCGGCCAUUGACAGGGGAACAGCUGAGCAGAGGAACGAGGAUAACCCUGCACAUGAAGGAAGAUCAAGCGGAGUACUUGGAGGAGAAACGCCUGAAAGAAGUGGUGAAGAAACACAGCCAGUUUAUUGGGUACCCUAUCAGCCUUCUGGUACAGAAGCAAAGAGAUAAGGAAGUGUCUGAUGAUGAGGAGGAAGAGGAGAAAAAGGAGGAAGACAAAGACGAAGAGAAGGAUAAGCCUAAAGUGGAGGAUCUGGAUGAAGACGAGGAUGAUGAUUCCAAAAAAGACAAGAAAAAGAAGAAAACCAUCAAAGAGAACUACACAGAGUUUGAAGAGCUGAACAAAACCAAGCCUCUGUGGACACGUAACCCAGAUGACAUCUCGCAGGAGGAGUAUGGAGAGUUCUACAAAUCUUUGACCAAUGACUGGGAGGACCAUUUAGCUGUUAAGCACUUCUCAGUAGAAGGCCAGCUAGAGUUUCGAGCUUUGCUGUUUGUUCCAAAGAGAGCACCCUUCGACCUGUUUGAGAACCGCAAGAAGAGGAACAACAUCAAGCUGUAUGUGAGGCGAGUGUUUAUUAUGGACAAUUGUGAGGAUUUGAUCCCCGAGUAUUUAAAUUUCAUCCGUGGUGUGGUGGACUCUGAGGAUUUACCACUCAACAUCUCCCGAGAAAUGCUACAACAGAGCAAGAUUUUGAAAGUCAUCCGGAAAAAUCUGGUGAAGAAAUGUAUGGAAUUGUUUGACGACAUAGCUGAGGACAAAGACAAUUACAAGAAAUUCUACGAGCAGUUCGGCAAAAAUUUGAAGCUUGGAAUGCAUGAAGACACGACAAACAGAAAGAAAUUGGCCGACUUCUUGCGGUACCAUACAUCAACCAGUGGAGACGAGAUGUCCUCCCUCAAGGAAUAUGUUUCUAGGAUGAAGGAAAACCAGAAAGACAUCUACUACAUCACAGGAGAAAGUCGUGAAGCUGUCCAGAACUCCGCAUUUGUGGAACGUGUGAAGAAGCGAGGGUUCGAGGUUCUCUAUAUGGUGGACCCAAUUGACGAGUACGCAGUUCAGCAGCUUAAAGAGUACGAUGGAAAGACGCUAGUCUGUGUGACCAAGGAGGGGCUUCAGUUGCCAGAGGAUGAGGAAGAAAAGAAAAGGUUUGAGGAAGCAAAAGCUGAGCUGGAGGGGCUGUGCAAAGUCAUGAAAGAAAUCCUGGAUAAAAAGGUGGAAAAGGUGGUAGUAUCCAACCGCUUGGUGUCCUCUCCCUGUUGUAUUGUAACCAGUCAGUAUGGUUGGUCAGCUAACAUGGAGCGCAUCAUGAAGGCCCAGGCCCUCAGAGACACUAGCACCAUGGGGUACAUGGCCGCCAAGAAACACCUCGAGAUCAACCCAGACCAUCAGAUUAUCCGAUCUUUAUCAGAAAAGGUCAAGGCAGACAAAAACGACAAAUCUGUGAAAGACUUAGUGAUGUUGUUGUUUGAGACAUCUCUGCUGGCAUCAGGCUUUUCUCUGGAGGACAAUGUAACUCACUCAGCCAGAAUCUACAGGAUGAUCAAACUCGGAUUAGGUAUUGAUGAUGAUGAUUCUGCCAUGGCAACAGAUGAUGGGGCUGGAGGAGACACAAGUGAGGAAAUGCCCCCACUGGAGGGUGACGACGAUGAUGCCUCUAAAAUGGAGGAGGUGGACUGAAGAACAUGAUGUUUAACCUCUCUUUUCAAUCACCCUAAAUCAUCCCAGGCUUCUUGCAGACAGAAUCUUUCUUGGGAAAUCAGGUCCUCAAGUUUAAUUGGCUUUAUGCAGAAGUGGUUUCUAGAUCAUCACCUUUGAUGAUCGUGCAAAAAACGUGCAAAAGACUUCAACAGAGUGGUGGUGUCAUGGAUGACUUCAUUUGUAUAUAAGCCUGAAUUCGCACAUCAAUUAGUAUUCAUAUCACAUUGUUAGGGGGAUCCACAAAGUAGAAGUUUUGUUAGGUGUGAGUAUAUGUGAGAUUAAAAUCAUGUUCUUUGUUGUUAAGAAGGUACAACUGAAGACUCCAUUCAAUAUUACCACUUCAUUUUAUUCCAUUUUAUACUGUUAAACAGGUUUUCACUUUCAGUUUACAUGUUCAGUUUGUUGGUCUGCUGUGUAACCACUAACAUUUCAUGCCAGAUAUUGUUUUUGUUUCUUUUAUAUAUUUAUAAAAUGUCCAAGCUUUAUGGAUAGCAUUUGAUGUGAUACACCAACACUUAGCUGUUUAUUUGUAGUGAAAUGUAUAGUAAGUGUUCAAGCAACAUAACAAUUACAUUGAACAGCUCUGUUCCAGAAUUACAGUUCUUGAUUGCAAGUGAACUGCGAUAACCAAUGAUUUAUGAGCAACUUACACUUGAACUCGGUUUCGUAUUACUUUGUAAAAGUAAACGUUGAAUUUUCAAAUAAACGUAGUUUAUUUGUAUCAUAUUUUCACUGUGGAUCUGUUUUGUCAGUAUUAUUGUUUCAUUGUGUUAUCUGUUCAGAAUAUUAAAUUGCCUUCGGUUCAAA